AGCUAUCAAAAGGAGCUAGCGACACAGACUUCGAAGCUAUUCUCACGGAAAAACAACCUUCAGACAGCCACCAUGAAGGCAGCAGUAGUAUUGCUCUGCUUAGCAGCGAUAGUGCAUACAGCAACGUGUCAGGUAACGGUACAAUGGCCAAUUCCUAUUUUGUUAAGAAGACCACUGCCACCGUGCACUCUCGAAACACAAAUUGGACAGCUCGAAUACUGUGUGGACGUCGACGGUAUUGCUGUUCAAAUAUUGUUGCGACUUAAUAAUGAAUAUUUUACGCCUACCGUUGGGGUGCUUCCUCCAUGCACUUAUGAAACCAAAAUUGUAGAUCUAAGUAAAUGUGAAGACAUUGACUAUAUAGUUUGGGAAAUGUUGGGCAGAAGUGGACUUAUUCCACUAGAGCCGUAAAUAACCACUACCGGCCGGUAGUUGGUUGGCGAUGUUGAAGUGAGGCCGGCGAGUCAUGCUCUAGUACAUCAUAUUAACACUAAAAGAAUCUUGAACAUUUUCCUCGUAACAAUAAAGCGUACAUAAGCCGGUCAAGACUAGCAAA